GCCCCCCUUCGUGGUGAAGGCACGUCUCAAGUUGUGCUCCGAAACAAUUUUCAAGGCGUCAAACGGGCUCGAGGAAUCAAUUUAGCAUCAGUCAUCUAUUAAAAAUUCGAGAGAAUUUUGAAAGGAACAUAUUAGCUAGCUACGCACUUCGAAUUUACUACGUUUAUUUUGGUUGUCUGUUAGAAAUUAUCACAGAAAUGGCAGAUCCGACGACACAGUCUGCCCAGAUCUUGUCCUCUCUGAACGCUUCAUCGACAAAAGAAUCCACAUAUUCCGGUAGGAAAUCAUUCAAAUAAAAAAACAAAGUUAAUAGCUCAAGUUCAGCUACCCUCGUAUGCAAUGCAUGUUCGAACAAUUGAUGUAUGUACGAUGGCGUGCGGGGUUUACGUGUGUGAAUGCUAACGGUGCCUCUGACAGUUAGCAAUUUCAUCACAGGUUGAACAGGACACACGUUGGCUACCUAGAAUAGAAGACACCAAUAACUAACGUUACAGUCCCUCUAUUUUGGUUAGCAGUGUUGCGAAAAGCCCAUACCAUAAAGCAAUUGUAUGGACCAUUUGGUAGCUAACAUUAGCUAAGUUAGGCCGAAGACCAGAGAAAGCCUUUUGUAUUUUGAUUAGCGCGGUAGCCCACAAUAGGUCGUUUGUUCACCCAGUUGAUAUUUGACCAAUGUUAUGUAGCUAAGGUAUUAUCACAGAGUUUCUAAACUGUACUGUCUUUGGUAUUGUACUUCCAAUAUGUUGCAAGCCAGCUAACUAACGUUACCUAAUACAAUACUGAAGCUAACGCUGCAAUCGUAUCCAAAUCAACAUAGCAGUAAUUAAGACUACUGUACUGUCUGUAUACAUGAUUCAUACUCCUACAGAUACUGUACAUGAGAGCUCAUGGUCAAUGCUAUCCGGUAACCUUGGGACGUUCCUUGGGACCUUGGGACGUUCCUAAGUCCUAACCUUAACCCUUACCUUACCCAUUUAAAAUGUCAACUUCAAUGGGGUGGGGACAUCCCAAGGAUUCCAGAUAACACAGACCGAGAGCACAUGGCCCUAUUCGGAUGCUUUUAAAAAUGGUUCUAAUCACCCUGACAAGGAUUGGAACGAUGAAGGCAUUGUUACCAUCCUUUUGCUUUCAUUAAUCAACCCAACCUUGUCAGCUCAGUGGUUUCGUCAAGGAAACGUAGGUGGUGAGGCAAAAAAAUAGAUUUUUGUUGUGUGUGUAUAUACACAGUAAAACAUUCUUAUGACUAACAUGUUGUUGGCACCUUUAAUUCUUGCACAUUUUCUCAUAAGUAUAUUUCAACACUGUAUACUCUAGGCAAAUUUGCUGAACUGCUAAACUUGGAACUAAUCAGAACUCCUGUACAUGCUCCUCUUGAUGGUGGCCAAUGUCCUGCUUCUAUCUAAAUGUAAACACGACCUCAAGUAAAACCCGAGCUGCUGUCUGUGUGUGAUGAAGACUGAAAUAAGAUAAAUAUCUGUUUUCGAGAGCACCUGAAAUAUGCAGCAUGCAAUGCGAAUUGUCUUGAUAUUAUGAAAAGGUAACUCCGUUGACCACUUAGCCAAUUUUAUUGAAAGCUAGCCAAUGUUACAGGGGAGAGGCUAUAUGGACAUGCCUGGUGCCCAAAUGGAUGGCGUAUGUCGUGCAGCUGAGCGUCGUGUGGAGACCAGUGGAUUCGGUUCAGUCAGUCGUGCUGAUCAGCCUUUCCCAGCUAGAAAUGAUGGCUACUAGCAGCAGCAUGGCACUAUUUUAAACUUGUAAAAGUUAGUGAUGUUUAUUUUGAUGGGCGAGGUAGUAAUAACUUGUAGUAUUGGUCACCAUCUCCAAUUUGUUCAAUCCCACUUGAUUUUAUUUUGAGUAGGAUAGCAGCCUUCACGAGAAAUAACUGUAAUAUUGGUAGUAACCAUCCGGAUGUCACCGUGAUACAGUCCACUGCUCAAUGGGGAGAGUUUGCGCUGCAAGCCAGCAACACAAUAUUGGGCACAGUGUCCUUUGCUCCCGCAGUAAGAAGAGGGAACGUUAGCUAGAUGGUGAUGGUGUAGCCAAUAUCAGGCCAGGGUGACAGCUAAAGCACAUUUAUUGUAGUGAUUUUUACCUAAAAUGUACAACUACGGCAUUAACGUCUAGCGUUAAAUUUUUUUGUAAAAUAACAAUUACUCCUAUAAUAACUGAAUGAUUCUGUACAUUCCAAACUUCGGCAGACUAGUUUCAAAUUCACGCUGAAGUUUGUAGCCACAAGCUUAACUAACUAGCUGGGAAGGGCUCGUCAGGACGACUGACUGAACUGAACCGAAUUCGUUUUUCUCCACUCCGCUCUUGCUGCGCGACAAACGUCAUCAAUUUGGGCACAAACGUCCAUAGUCUCUCCCAUGUUAGUUUGACUAGCCUAGCCAACUAUAGUAAAUGUCAAUUUGGCUGCUAAGGAAGCUAAAAACAGCUGCGCAAAAUGUACACCUUGUGCUCUAGAAUAAGAUGGCCAUAGUUUGAUUUCCACUAACUAUGACUGCGAGUGAGGCGCGCUUUCCAUAAUGUAUGUUUCAUGCAUAUACAUUUGAACAAACAUCACAUUUAGUGUUUCACCAUUUAUUGAGUAUGGAGACAAAUGGCAAAUGUGUUGCGCAGUAUUUGAAGGAUAGUGUAAAUAUAGGUAGGUUACACUAAAUAUAGUGUAACCUACCAAUCAAUGUAAAUAGAGAGAGAAGUGCUGUGUAGUGCCAAUGUAGAGAAAGAAGUGCCUUAGUGGAAUCCAUUAAAAUCGUUUGGUCCAGAGACGACAACUCUUCCAUCUAUGGCAAAAGCCUGGGCUCCUGACGGGGACAAUAUAAUUCUCAUCACAUUGAGACCCCAUAUGCAUUUGCUUGUUGUCUUGUCUUUGUGGGUUUUGUUUUACAGUCUACACAGUCUAGUUAGUGCAUUUUAGAGUUGAAGAACACCAACUACAGAUAUACACAUGCUUGUUAGAGCAUCUCGAAGACAACUGCAUGUUACAAUUGUAAAACAUAAUCCGUUUUUAACCUCUUCAAACCGAUUCUAUAUUGAAUUUAGGCUAAUAUUGACGGCAGGGCUAAUUCAAACUGCAGUAGGAUGGUUCUCCUCACAGGUGAGUGAAUCAGCUGAGCCCAUGCUUGGUGACUAGCACUUGGUUGAUGUCUGGGAGCAGGACACCUGAGAGGAGAGCUGAAUAGAUCUUGGGAGACAAGUGAGAGACAAUAAUUAAUCAAAGAAAUCAUCAUAGCAAAGGAUGGUAGUUUAUGAGCUAGAAAUGAACGUCCUGACAGUCUAAAAAAAAACUACAACAACCAGGCUACUAGAAUCAGGAUAGAGGCAGGGUGCUCUGCAUCUUACUGCAACUAGGCCUAUUGACAGGGAUAAUGUGGCAUUUCUUAUUUGUCAGUAUGAAUGAAAUUAGUGAGUCCUGCCUUGACUGUAUUAGCUUUACAAUACUUGUCCUAUAGAUGUUUGUAGUCUUAAAUUAUUACUUGGAAUAAUGAUAGCUAAAGGUCCCUGUCCUGGAUUGACAUUGGAGUAGUGAAAAAGCUAUUUGCUUUUGCUAGCUAGCAACAGGUCUACAUGUUGAAGCUAGCUAGCUACAUUUAUAAGGUUGCUGUGUUCUAAGUAAAGUUGGGAGGUAUUUUACAGAUUGCAUUGAUGGUAUCACGCUUCUAUAACUAAAUAGAUCACAAAUAUAAAAUACUUUACCUAAUAGUAGUUUGUCGUACGGAGAUCGCUCUCGAGCUGUGUUAUGUACCUUAGGUACGGUGAAUGUGAUUGGCAGACGUGAUCAGCAAAGAUGGUACCUGGAUAGUACACAAGUUUUGAUUGGUUUACUGUUUAGUACUUGGCAGUGUUUGCCUGUCCAGCCAGCUAGCGAACAUAAAAGUAAGUAUUUCAAUUUUUUUGGCAAGAAUUGACAUUGUCAACGAAACUGAAAUCUGUUGAAUAAAUAAAUAUUGGGUAAGUGUACCUAUUAAGCCCACUUCCAUCUUUAAAUUCAAAUAAAACAAUUAAAAGUUUCUGCUGUUUUAAUACGUUUCUAUUCUAAGCCGAACAGAUGUUUUAUUAUUAAGUUGACAGUUGUGUAAAUUCCCACUAGUAGCCAAUUUCAACGCUGCAAAAAAACGGUGUUGAGGCGACCCUCAAACACAUUUUCCAGAUGUUCUUUGUUCCUUCUCAGAUAAGUGAUCAUACUUUAUGUAAAAUUAAGAGAUUCAUGUACUGAUCUAUGCACAUGGCAUAUUUCAUUGGCAUUAAUUAAUUUUUCUUGCCAAUUGAAAAGAUGGGGUUUUCAUGCUAGGAGUCAUUCCCGCAUGUCACAGUAGCAACAUAACUUUAACUACAACAAUAUAGAUUUCAGGCAUUCAGAACAUGCAUUUUGUCUUAUUUUACAGUUAAAUGAACCUGGCGUUGUUAUACCUAGAUUACAUUUUUGUAAACUUGACAUUUUUCUCCAGUGGGCUUAAAGGAUACAGUAGCACAAAAAGCACUUCCACCUAUACAGAAUGGAAAUGCAUAUUGUUCAAUAUGAUCAAUAUUAACUUUGUAUAAUAUUGUAGUCUUUAGUGUAUAUUUAUGCCCCCAAACCAUUGGUUGCCUAAUAUUUUAUGAGUAGACUUGGCUGUUCUGUCGUUUUCACCUUAAAUCAUGGUUCGAAUUUAAGCCCAGUAUGCUCUUGUUAAGCCCGGUUUGCUUUGAAACAUGGGGGUAGUGUGAUAUCCCUAAUAUUCAAUGAUCAUGAGCAUAAAUUGUUUGGUUUUUUUUACUUCAAAGGGCUCCUUUAGUGUUACGAACCCCGUGGCUUUAAAAGUCUAGGGUGGAUGGAAAAGAGACCCGUAACAUAACUCAUGCAAAUUAGAAUAGUGACACAGAAACAGUGAGAACAAAAAUACACCGACAACCAUAAGCUACCGUCAAACACAAAAUGUUUAUUAUGAACACACGGUAAAGGUUUGGGAAAAAGGGCUGAGCAGGACCCAAGGAAUGAAACAAUAAUGUCAAAACCCCCUAAACUGAUCUUGCCUGCCUCAAGAACCGUUAAGCUACUGCUAACCAUACACAAAUACAGUGGGUGGUGCGCUCAGGUCUAACUAGUGUUUUUAGACAAUGUUCUUUCUACGGGUAAUGUAUGCCCAAGGGCACCUUGCUAAAUCCCCCUUUUCCCAGGAACACAACAUAGUUACCAUAUAGAGUAACCAGCAAAUUAGUGAGUACACAAAAAACAGGACACCACAGUAUCCAUACUCACAAACGAAAAGUCUCUGUCAGCAAACACAACUGACUGGCUUUUAAAACAAUAGGAUGUGUGAUGUUAGUGAAAAACCAGAAACAGGUGGUGCAAUGCAGAGGAAUGUAUACUGAUUGGUCCACCUCAGCAAUCAGCAGACAAAUGGAUGUUGGACAGGUGGGACACCCCAACGACCACCAAUCAGGAACACAAAGGACACCUGUGAUUAGGGCAGAAGGAGAGGAAAAACACAUACAGGAUACCUGUAUCCGUAACAGCUAGGUUACGUGCAUGUUCAUCCACCUGCAACCUAUUUCCAGCCUCCAAACAGUGGUGAAUGGAAGGAGACAUCUGUUAAACAACACCAAAAAGUGUAAUGACCUUUAGCGAUUGUCAUUAGGCCAGAAUCUACGCAUCCACUGCUGUCUCUGUGUCGGCCACUCAUCUCUGCCUUGGCAAAAUGUCAGUGUUCUCGUGGAACCACAUCGCAUUUUGGAGCGUAGGUUAUACCAACCGUUUUUCAAAUCCAUUCGCAAAUCUUUCAUGCCUCUGACAUGCGGUAAUAAUAAAUAGUGGUGUAAUCAACAUUUUGUUUGAAUUAUUGUGAGAGGCUCGGGUUUUACCCGGUACCUGCGUACCCCCACUAUUUAUUUUACAUUCACCCCUGCAGUAAAGUCAUACCGUAUAAAACACCGUUUUGGUCCAAUUUGAUAAAUGCAGAUAGAAUUUGUUUGUUCGGCAUGGUAUCUUUUUGUGUCUAUAAAAUGUAAUUAUACGAGAUCUGGUCGGUGGAAAUGCUUUUAUGCGCAAAUAUUGAUAUAAUAACCAUCAUAUCGAAGUAAACUUGGAGUCAUGCGACGAUAUGGUGUGUGGUCUUACAUUUUUAGUCAUUUAGCAGACGCUCUUCUCCAGAGCUACUUACAGUUAGUGAGAGCAUACAUUUUUCAUACUGACCCCCCCCGUGGGAAUCGAACCCACAACCCUGGCGUUGCAAGCGCCAUGCUCUACCAACUGAGCUACAGGAGGGCCCACUACAACUCGGGGAAACAUGCAGUUUAUUAGGCUACAGAUGAAAUAAGUUAUGAACUUCACAGGGUGGUGAAAGUUCACAGUGAUGAACUUGAUGCUUCUUUCCAAUAAUAUUGAGGGUCUUAUUCUGGUGACAUGAUGAUCGAUGCUUAACUGCCGUUUGACAAAUAAAAAUAUUCUCGCUCUUAUCCUUAAAUCUCAUCAUGUAGACUAGCCUACCCGCACUGUAUCUGCGAGCUGUUGGCUAAAGUACAUGUGCCAAGACCAGAGUAGGCACAUUUGCUAUUUAAUGCAACCAUUUUUUGUGACGACUAACGGUAGAGUUGAACAUUUGAUGGAAACACAUUGAACUUUUGAAUUUUAUUCGGUAUAUGGAAAUUUAAGCGAAAAAGUACAUUGUGUGCACUGCGUCAUCACGCACUGGUUUUUAUCCACAACAAGUCCAUUUGGUGGAAACGCCAAUGGUGGGAAAAUGUGCAUAUUUUCUUAAUGCAUAUUUUCGAAUAUAAGCAUGAAAAUCUGUCGCCAAUUGGAUGGAAACCUAGCUAUUGAUGUAGCCUAGUGCUUCCUGAACUGGAAUGAAGUUAACAGGUGAGGGGCCAUUUGAGUCAAAGCAGGUGUUUUUGGCACCAUUCCUAAUUAACAACUUGACACUAGACUACAAAAACCCUGGUCUGCAGCCCAUUGGGACAGGGUGAACAACUCCUGAAUUAGGGCAGCUAUCAAUGAAAUGAAGGUCCCCACUGAAUUUGACUAGAUAUGAGACUGAUUACCAAUUUUUCAGGAUAAUGAUAACCAGUUGUCUCCAGAUGCGGUCACCCGCAUCUGGAGGCUUAAGCAACUAUUUUUCAGUGAUUUGUGGACUGCUGAAAUUGAGAAUUAGACCAACCUGAUAUGACCAAAUAAUGGGCCACUGUCAAUUGUUCCAGUCUCUCAAGGAGAAAAGGAGUUGCACAUGACUUCCAUGAUUUUUAACCCUGAGAAAAUGAUUUUAGAUGAUUUGGCUGCGUCUGAGGCCUGUGUGUUGUAACAUGGAUAAUCCUCACAGCCAUGACUCGUUUAACUAGAAUGAACUGCAUGUUGACCAACUGGGAUUGCAUGUUGGCAAAGUUGCAUCGUCAUGGUCAUACCUGAGGUCAUAUGGGGGAAAUUGGAAACUUUAUGCUCGCAGGUUUCUCUCAUCAAAACUUCCCUUCAGUAUUAGGAUUUAUAAAUGAGAUCUGUGAUCAUCCGACGGUCAGGUUUGGCUUGAGAAUGAAUUCUGUUUCCCUCUCUUCCCUGCUCCUUCCUGUUUGUCCCUUGUCCCUCGUCCAGUGAUGGAGCUGGUGUACUGGCGGGACCCAAAGAAGUCUGCGGUGGCCUUUGGCAUGUCCCUGCUGGUCCUUCUGUCCCUGGCCACCUUCAGUGUCAUCAGUGUGUUGUCCUACCUGCUGCUGGCCCUGCUUUGUGUCACAAUCACCUUCCGCGUCUACAAGUCUGUCAUUCAGGCAGUGCAGAAGUCUGAAGAGGGCCACCCCUUCAAGUACGACUGCUCAGCUUGGGAUAUGAUGGAACAUGGGAGAACAAGGAUUAUAUAAUUAGAACUAUGUCUGCUCGUAUUGAACUUGACCCCAUGGAGUCAUUGUCUGAUUUGAUUGUUAGGUGAUGACUGUGAUGCUUUGUCUCCCUCAGGUGUGUGAUGGAGCAGGACCUGACCGUUCAGCCUGAGACUUUCCGUAAAUAUGUGGAUGUGUGUCUGACCUACGUGAACCGAGCCAUUAAACAGGCCAGACACCUGCUGCUGGUGGAGGACCUGGUAGACUCACUCAAGGUAGUGUUCACCGGGCUAUAGGCUACUGCAAUCUUGGAGAUUUCCAAUGCUGUGGUCUUUAAUUGGCUCUAAGUGAUUAAUUCUAAAAGUGCUUGUGUAGAAUUUUCUUUCAUGCAUGUAUAGCAAGGGGAGUAGUUUUGUGAGUCUCACUCUAGCUCCAUCUGCUGGGCUGAAUGAGAAUGCUCUUAGGACAAAAUGAGGGUUUAUGUUGACUGGAUGGAAAAUUGGCUCAAAAGGUGCUUAGAAUUGUAAAAAAAAUAUAUAUAUAUAUAUAUAUAUGACCAGUGAAAAGUUUGGACACCUACUCAUUCAAUGGUUUUUCUUGAUUUUUAACUAUUUUCUACAUUGUAGAAUAAUAGUGAAGACAUCAAAACUAUGGAAUAACACAGAUGAAAUCAUGUAGUAACCAAAAAAGUGUUAAACAAAUCAAAAUAUACAUUUGAGAUUAUUCAAAGUAGCCACCCUUUGCCUUGAUGACAGCUUUGCACACUCUUGGCAUUCUCGCAACCAGCUUCACCUGGAAUGCUUUUCCAACAGUCUUGAAGGAGUUCCCACAUAUGCUGAGCACUUGUUGGCUGCUUUUCCUUCACUCUGCGGUCCAACUCAUCCCAAACCAUCUCAACUGGGUUGAGGUCGGGUGAUUGUGGAGGCCAGGUCAUCUGAUGCAGCACUCCAUCACUCUCCUUCUUGGUCAAAUAGACGUUACACAGCCUGGAGGUGUGUUGGGUCAUUGUCCUGUUGAAAAACAAAUUAUAGUCCCACUAUGCGCAAACCAGAUGGGAUGGCGUAUCACUGCAGAAUGCUGUGGUAGCCAUGCUGGUUAAGUGUGCCUUGAAUUCUAAAUAAAUCACUGACAGUGUCACCAGCAAAGCACCAUCACACCACCUCCUCCAUGCUUCAUGGUGGGAACCACACAUGCGGAGAUCAUCCAUUCACCUACUCUGCGUCUCACAAAGACACAGUGGUUGGAACCAAAAAUCUCUGACGCAUUUAUUUGUGCUGCAAUUUCUGAGGCGGUUAACUCUAAUGAAUUUAUCCUCUGCAGCAGAGGUAACUCUGGGUCUUCCUUUCCUGUGGCGGUCCUCAUGAGAGCCAGUUUCAUCAUAUUGCUUGAUGUUUUUUGCGACUGCACUUGAAGAAACUUUAAAAGUUAUUGACAUUUUCCAGAUUGACUGACCUUCAUGUUAUAAAGUAAUGAUGGACUGUCGUUUCUCUUUGCUUAUUUGAGCUGUUCUUGCCAUAAUAUGGACUUGGUCUUUUACCAAAUAGGGCUGUCUUCUGUAUGCCACCCCUACCUUGUCACAACACAACUGAUUGGCUCAAACACAUUAAGAAACGCAUUAAGAAAUUCCACAAAUUAACUUUUAACAAGGCACACCUGUUAAUUGAAAUACAUUCCAGAUGACUACCUCAAGAAGCUGGUUGAGAGAAUGCCAAGCGUGUGCAAAGCUGUCAUCAAGGCAGAAGGUGGCUACUUUGAAGAAUCUCAAAUAUAAAAUAUAUUUUGAUUCGUUUAACACUUUUUUUGGUUACUACAUGAUUCCAGGUGUGUUAUUUCAUAGUUUUGAUGUCUUCACUAUUAUUCUACAAUGUAGAAAAUAGUAAAAAUAAAGAACUCUGGAAUGAGUAGGUGUGUCCAAACUUUUGACUGGUACUGUACAUGUUUUAAAUAUUUGGCACACCUUAAGAGCUGUUGGUCUAUAUAAACUGUGGUCAGUUGUUGUUGUCUUUGGAGAUAUUUUUUCACAACACUGAAGUCCGCUCUAUUAUAUAUUGUAACGCCUGACUAAGAAAGACUGAAAAGCUGUCAUGUGGUGGCAGAGAAAGAAAUGCCUGGCAGAUAUUCAAAUGAGGGAUUAAGGAAGGAGUGGAUUACACAGCUGAAGGCGGCCAGUGCAUGUAAGUUCCUAUAGAGGCCAAACAUUGUGGGACACUCAUUAUAUCAAACACAGUCAAUGUUUGAAUAAGUAGAUAACAAUUUGGGUGAUAAUUAAAUGGAUCUAUAAAAUGGCCAAGGAAAAUGCAGUCCUUGUUAUACCAUUUAUGGUUUUCUGAAAUGUGCUGGUCCCUCUGUUGCAGCUGGCUGGUUUCAUGUGGCUGAUGACCUAUGUGGGAGCUGUCUUCAAUGGAAUCACCAUCCUUAUACUGGGUAAGACUCACCAAACACUGUCCAAUAACAGUUCUGCACCCAGUCAUGUAGACACUUUUAUAUUCGAAUUAUAAUAAUGCGCAUCUGUUUUUUUACCAUCCUCUAGGAACCUAGAUUUUUCUCAUUACACGUCAUGCUUUUAAUAACUAUUGGGGCUGUGUAGUUUGUUUUGUUUGUCCUAUGUCAGUGAUGGGCAACUGGCACAAACGUUUUUUUACUCAGUUGGUGUCUCAACUUACUGUUGCAAGUUAGAAUAGUAGAAUACACAAGAUGCAAAUGUGGUUGUGCAUCAACGGGUUUUCUCUUAUGUCAGUUACUGAUAGUCACUCAAUUAUCCCGUUGUCAGCUAAACAAUUUUAGAUUGGUAAAUUAUUCUAGCGGCCAACUAUCUAAACUUUUUAUCAUGGUCAAAUUACCGGCCGGGGGCCGCCAUUUGAUUUUGCUUGUCAGUCUCACUCAGAUAUCAUAUUAAAAACUACUAACAUUUGUCUCCACCAUAUGGCAAAAUGUGUAGAAUUGCAGGAAAUUAGUUCUAAAAUUGCUAAAUCUUCUGUCUGCCCCAUUGCAAAAUAUGUAGAAUUGCAGCAAACUUGCUUUAAAACGGAAACGUUUUCUCUACGCCCCAUGGCAAAAUGUGUAGAAUUGCACGACGUUAACUCUAAAACAUUUCUCUCCGCUGUCAAGGGGGGGCUCCUAAAAUGUUUUGCUCGCAAUGUGGUGGUGGGGGGUAUGCACACAACUGUGGCCCCUCACAAUGAGUUCAGAUUUUUUUGGGCCCCCCAUCAAAGUUGCCCAUCCCUGGUCUAUGUUCUUGUAUUGUACAGAUCUGCACUUAUGCCUACAGAAUUGCUCCUUGUGGGGAAAAAUGAAGUAUUUUGAAUUGAAACAAUCAGACUUACAUUUAGUCUAAAGAGGGGUGGGGAGGGGACAUGGUCUGAAUGAUCUAUAGUAGACAUAGUUUAAAUUGCCUUGAGAGAUCCUGUACAAUAGUACUGUAACAAAUUGCUUUUUAAACGGGUCCAUAGUAUUCAAUGAAUACUGUAGCUUUGUUUAAAUAGCAUGGGACACCUCUAACAUGCUAUCUGGAAACCUCCAUAGAAACAAACUUACUUAACCGGAGUCCACUCUGUUUCUCAUUGACAGCUGAUGUCAUCUUCUUCAGCAUGCCUCUGGUUUAUGACAAAAAUAAGGUAAGUGUGAAUGAAAGCAUUUGUUUUUACUUGGCAUACAAUUACUAAUGUUUGUUAUGAACCUGUGUGCUUGUUGGUUAACAAUUUUGUUCUCUUUCAGACACAGAUUGAUAAAUACAUGGAACUGAUUCGCACCAGAGUUGAAGUCACACUUGCAAAGUAAGGGCACCUCUUUUUUUUCUAACCAUCAAUAUGUAGAUGAGGUGAAAUCAUAGAACACCAUGUUCUGGUUUUUGGCAAUAGAAGUAGACAUUUCAGUGUCAUGGCAUGCAGGAACACACAGCAUCAUUAACUUCGUCAUGACCAGUCUUGGUUGAACCAUCCUAAAGGAUUUGUCUUCCCAAAUGCAAUGUGACCUCUAAUUUAGCAGUAUAUAGAUGUGAGAAGUACAGUAUGAUUAUUUCCCCUUUUCAGGCUUCAAGAUAAACUUCCUGGGGCAGUGAAACGCACCAAAGCAGAGUGAUUGUCCAUGACCCCUAUUCAACAACCAUUCUCUCCCUUAUACUGGAAGCAGUCCUACCCUUUCAAAUGCAUUCCCAGUGUCAAACCUGUGGCCAAGUCAUCGCUCAAUAUUCAAUGUACCAUAACUAACUUGCAUAGGGUGCAAUGCUUGUAUUUGUUGUUGGAGCCAGCCACAUUCUGAAUAACUCAAUCUGCAGUUGCUACAUCCAUUGUUGGAUUUAGAAAUUAAUGAUAUGUACCCAUUAAUUCUUGAAGAAUAUAACGUAUAAAUGCCUCAUGUGCUUAGUUCAACUGUCGGACCCCAUCAGAACCCAAAAUAUAAACUUGUUUUACUCCAAUGUUUGUA